AAGAUGUUGUUGAUGGAGCUUGUGGUGAUUUCUGCCUGGUUAAGCGUAGUCAGCGCUAAGAUGAGGCUAGGCUUCCAGAACUUGACGGGGCGCGCCGAUGAUUACCGCAUCAAGACAUUCUCUGGGGUCCAUAUCAUAGACGCGUACAACUACCCUGUGGAGGCGCACACAGUAGUCACCAGAGAUGGCUACGUCCUGGAUAUCUUUCGGAUUCCGAACUCGAAGAAGUGCAGGAAGGGCGGAGUGAAGCCGGUGGUCUUCCUGCAGCACGGCUUGACCUGCUCGGCGGAUACCUUUCUGAUGACGGGCACGAGGACCGGCCUCCCCUUUAUGCUGGUCGACGCCUGCUACGACGUUUGGCUGGGCAACAGCCGGGGAAUUCGCUACUCCCGUCGCCACACCAGGAUGAAGUCCCACGGACAAGCCUACUGGGGCUUCAGCUGGCACGAGAUCGGGAUGGAGGACCUGCCCGCCCAGUUCGACUACAUCCUCUCCUUCACGCGGCAGAAGGCGCUGCACUUCGUGGGCCACUCGCAGGGAUGCACCACCCUCAUGGUCCUGCUCAGCAUGAGGCCGGAGUACAACGAGAAGAUCAAGACCACCACCCUGCUCGCCCCCGCCGUCUUCUUGCAACACUCGACAUCCGGACUAUUCAAAUUUCUGGAGUCGGUCAUCAUGAAGAUGAUGGACUGCGACUUUUUCGGGAACACCGACGCCAUGAGAUUUGUGAUAACGAUUCUGUGCGGACUAGUCGCCAUGAAGAGAUUUUGCACCUCCUUGUACUUGCUGGCCAGCUCAAAACCGUCCAAGUAUAUGAACCAGAGCAUCAUUCCCUUGCUGUUAUCAACGCAUCCGGCUGCCAUUUCAUCGCGCCAGCCCAAGCACUUUCUCCAGCUCAAGAGGGCUGGAAAGUUCCAGCAAUUCGACUACGGAAAAAAGAAGAACCUACAGGUCUACAAGCAGCCCUCUCCACCGGAGUAUCCGCUGAAAAAUGUCCACCCCAAGGCGCCCAUCCACAUAUACUACAGUGUUGGGGAUACCAUGACAUCGGAGAGUGAUGUUCUGAAGCUGAUCAGCACAUUGGGCAAAGUAGUUGCGCAUCGCAUUCCUUAUACGGAGUGGGGUCACUCGGACUUUAUUUUCGCCAGCACUGUGGAUAGGGUCAUCAAUCAACCAAUCAUGCAAGUUAUCAGUCAAUUCGAGAGUGUUACGGAUGGGAAAUAAGGAGUUGGAGAGGAAAAUCGUUUUGUUUCUGAUAUAUUUUAAGAUACGAUUUUUAUCCAAACGAAAGCAUCCAGUUCGUAUUAGGUUAGUUACGCCUCUGGACAACGGAACUUCAUAAAAUAUUUUCCAAAUUAGUUCCGUCUUUUAAAUUAGUUUAGUUACGCCUCUGGACAACGGAACUUCAUAUUAAAAUAUUCUGAAAAUUA